UCAAGAGAGGGGGAAAAUCAAAAGGAGGGAAAGGAAAAAUUCUCGAUCUUGGAUCUUGAGCUUUAGCAGCAGCGAUGGCGAUGGCGAUGGAGAAUCAGCAGCAGAAACAGGGCUUCUCGUGGAUCAGGGGCAAGGCAAUCGGCGCUGGAUCCUUUGGCACCGUGAGCCUGGCAGUGAACAGGGCGGAUGGCUCGCUCUUCGCGGUGAAAUCCGCGGAGAUGGGCAACAGCGGCGAGAUCGCGGCUCUGGAGAACGAGCGCCAGAUCCUGGAGAGCCUGGAUUGCCCACAGGUCAUCCGGUGCCUUGGCGGCGACGACACCGCCGCGGAGCCCAGCAAGCCCGCGAUGAAGAACGUCUUCCUCGAGUACAUGCCCGGGGGGAGCCUGGCGGAUCUCAUGGCCAAGCUGGGCGGGAAGCUGGACGAGUCCCUGGUGAGGAUCUACACGCGGGGAAUCCUUCUAGGCCUGGAAUUCCUCCACAAGAGCGGGAUCGUCCACUGCGACAUCAAGGGGAAGAACAUCCUCGUCGGCUGCGAGAGUGUCAAGCUCGCGGAUUUUGGGGCGGCCAAGAGGGUCGGGGCCAAAUCCAUGGCCGGGGGAGUGAAGGGGACGCCGCUGUGGAUGGCGCCCGAGGCGGUGAGGCAGGAAGAACAGGGCGCGGCGUCGGAUAUCUGGUCGCUGGGCUGCACGGUGAUCGAGAUGCUCACGGGCAAGGCGCCAUGGGGCGAGGCGGUGAGUGGAUCCAGCCCCAUGGUCGCCAUGUACAAGAUUGCUUGCUCCAACGAGAUCCCGGAGCUGCCCAGCUUCGUCUCCAGCGCUGGGCGAGAUUUCCUGGCCAAGUGCCUGUGCCGGGAUCCCUGCUCCAGGGCCUCGGCCGAGGAGCUCUUGCGGCAUCCCUUUGUGAGCGGCGAGAUGGCGGCGGAGGAGAAGGAGGAGGAGGAGAAGAUUGAGGCAGCGCCGGCGGCGCCCAUAUCGCCGAGGAGCCCCUUGGAUUUCUCCCGCUUCUUCUCGAUCAAGAGCAGCGCCACCGGCGACCUGCCCAGGCUGGAGGAAGACAUCAAGUGGAUUGUGGUGCGAUCGCCGCAGGGGCAGCCACCCGCCGCGAAUGCGUUCGAGCACCUUUCGGAUUUCGCCGAGGAGCUCGAGGAGGAGGAGGAAGAGCAAGCCUCAGCUUCGCCGGCUAUCUCCAAGGCCGUCUCCAAGGCCGAGGACGAGGAGAAUUCGAUCGAGCAGCCGCAGGAUUGCGGCAUUGCCAGCGGAUUGCGAGUCGCCCAAGAGCCGGAAUCAUCGGAUUGCGGCCCCAGUUCCUCCGGAUCAUCGUCGGCAACUCCCCUGUUUUUGGGGGAUUUGCCGAUUUUGAGGGGUGGAAUCGCGAGGGCUUUUGCGGGGAUUGGGAGAACCGGACGAUCAAUUCGGCUGCCGCCACCGGCAACCGUUCCAAGAAGCCGAGGCCGGAUCAAGCUGGCUAGCAGAAGAGCCACGGGGGGAAUAUCCGCGAGAUAUUCCCCCCGCGCUGUUGUAACUCCAAGUCUGAAAGAUACUGGCACCAAUUUGACACUCGAAAACCGUGUAGCUCUCGUUUUUGUGCUGCUUGUGGUAUGUGUGCGUGCGUGCGUGCUGUUGUGCCUCUGCUCGUUGGAUUCAUUGUCCCACUCAUUCUCGUUUGAUUUUGUUUGGCAAGUGGCGAUGGUGGCGAUUCCGCUCGCACGCCCUGAUCGAUCCCUCUUGCAGUUGCAAUGUCGAGCGCAAGAUUGGUAUUCCAUGGAUCCCGCCGCUUCGGUUCCGGGAUUGCGAUUGAUGGCUCGAUUGGCUCCGAUUUUUACAUCCAAUCUUCGCUAG